AGCGAGGUGUGCAAGUAGUUCGGUUCGCAGAAUAGUACCUCGACAUCAGCGACAUCAACCUUUGAGAUUGGAGGAUUUCAGAAAACAAUAAUAAAUUCAUCUGACUAUAAAAGAAAUACAUAGUCCAAUGGGUGAGUAAUAAUAUUUAUGCAACACAAAUAGUUUUUAAUUCAGAAGGUGAUAUCAAUUUAUAGAUGUACAUUUAUUUAUUUACUUAUUUAUUUUUACCAGGGAAAUUACUAGGCAACACAAGAAGAAAUUGUCCAUAUCAGGUUCCCAAAUUGUUCAGUGACAUGGAAGAUGCUGACUACUAUAUACAGGCAGCCAAACGCCUACAGAAGAAAAACAACGGAUCCAAAUUAAAAAUUAUAGUUAUUCCGUGGUAUUCAUGUGUUAUGUUUGUUAUUUCAAAUAAACAUGAUAAUAGGUAA